GUGGCAGUGAGUCAGCGGCUACUUCCCCUGCGGUGUGUGGUGUGCCGCGCCAAGAUCCUGAGACUGCGGCAGGCCCGGGACUCCCCCUUCCCGACUUCCGUGUCUCAGUACUCUAUGGCCGCCGUCGCCGCCUCCGCCAGGUGUAUGCCCACGUCAUCGUCACUCUACUCGUUCGGCUCCGGGUCGUCAGGGAUCUCAGGGUUGUCCAACGUGAGUAGCGCCAGCUCGAGCAGCGGAGGAUCCUACCGGAGUGUGGGGCGAGGCAAGCUGGGGCGGCCCAUAGCGGUGUACUCAACCAAGCGCCUCCCGCCGGGCAAGAAGGUAAGGUACACGGUGUCGAGCAAGAGUGGAGCACGCAGCAAGGAGCCGCUGAAGGGGGGACUACCACAAAUUAGAAUUGACGAGUACCAGGAGCCCCCGUGUCGGCCUCCACCCAUCUCCCGUCCGCCUCGGGUUCACAUUAGAGAGAAUAAGGUGGCCCCUCAGGAGACCCUGGGGAGACUACCCACCAUCAAGGAGUACACGGAGUUCAUCACCGAGAAGGAGCUGGAGAAGGAGAAAUCAUCCUCCACCAGAAUAAGGUGUGCCCAAAAAUUGGUGAGCCAGAUCGAGCACCAUCAUGGAGUGCCUCCACGGGUCCGAAGCCCCAAGGCCUCGUCUUCUUCGCCUUCCCCGUCUCCGGCCAGGUCCCCUACUGCCAUGGCCGCAGCCGCAGCAGCUACGGCUGUCGCGGCUGCUGCAGGAGGUAGUGGGGCCUCAAUGAAUAGCCUGCAUGCUCGGGCUCUGUCCAGGUCCCCGUCAACGUCGCCGUCAGGAGCGUCCAGCACCAGGAGUACCCCCGACAAGAAGAACCACAGCAGUAUGAGCCGGAGAGAAUCGUCCAGCUCUGCAGCCUCACUCAAAAGUAACCUCUCCGUGGCCAGCAGCGCCUCCGUCAGAAGUAGUUCCUCCGUGCACAGUAACUCCUCCUACAAGAGUGCCUCCUCCGUCAAGAGCAUCACUUCCGCCAAGAGUGGAGUCUCUGUCAAGAGCGGAAUGUCCACCAAAAGUUCAGCGUCGACGAGAAGCAGCACGUCCACUAAGAGCACCACGUCGGGCAAGAGCACAGGCACUGUCAAGUCGGUCAAGUCUGUCAAGUCGGUCAAGUCGACCAACUCAAAGAAGAAAGAACCAGAGAGUAAAGGAGUGAGAAGAAAGGAUAUUUGUGAUAAGAAAACAGAGACAAAUGACAAGAGAGUAAAGCAGACAAAGGGUGAGAGUAAGAUCAAGGCGUUGAAGAAAAGGUUUGAGGGCAAAGAAUAUCAAAGACUACAGUAAGUUAAGACUGCACAUAACGUGGUGGAGAGGUGUUGCUCUUUGCAAAACUCUGGUAUAAAUGCUGGUUAUGUUUACUGUCCGAAGAGUGAGUAAUGAUAGUGUUUCAUUCUACUGCCCGUCUUCCAGGGGCACCGACCGUGCACGUGCUGCCGUCUGGGCUCGUUCGUAUACAGUCAAACCCGCCAAAUUCGUCGGCAAUAAAGGCCACUCUUAGUGUAGGCAUUGCAAUACAUAUCUUUAUCGUUGGUGUGUUCGUUAGAAAUGCAUUAUAAGGAAAGUGGGUUCCCACUUGCACUCUUCUCCUCCUCUGCCAUGACCUCUGGUGGUGAGGUGGACAAGGUUCUCCCCCAGGAGUGGCUGACACUCACUCCCAGAGUAUCAUGGACAAUAACAGACACUUACGGUGACUGUUGCAAUAAUUCAGAUGGAUGAUUACGAGUUAAAACAACAUAUUUUUGCAACAAACUAUGGUGCAGUUACAUGAACAAGACGCUGGAGUAGUGUCGAGAAUCGUAAAGUUAGUGAAAUGGAUGAAGCGUAGCCCUGCAAGGGGUCACUGAAUAGUUCUUCCAUUUGUAUGGACUGGCCCGCACCAAUGGCCUUCAUGGUGAUACGGAACAUAGAGAGACCUACCGUCGUCCAGCCAGGCAAUACAGUAGCCUUGUAUAUGUAGAUAGGCUGAGAGUAAACUAGCUAGAUUCAUAUGUUAUUCGGAAGGAGACUUCACAAUGUUGUAAUGCUGGCUUUUGCCUCCUGAGAGUCAGCCCAUGAUGCCAUCAGCAGCCGGCCGCCUCCCUGCCAACCCCUGGCAGGACGUGACCGCCACUAGUACCAGCUCAACUCCACGGUACUUGCUGGAUCACAGUGUGUGACAACAGGCGGGUUUUGGCGGCAGGAGAAAGAGGCGUCCGCUGCCUCUGUCUACGUGAGUCCCAAAUUAUUUUAUUAUUAUACGUACAUAUACAGUACAUAUGAUUAAUUCACUCUUUAUUUACAAAAUUAACGACUAAUACUGGUUUCUUCUUGAAAACUAUAUGAUGAUGUUUCGUUCAUUAAUCUAUGGUCUGAAUUCAUUGGAUACACUAGACGUAAACACACUGGUGACGGCGGCUGCUGCUCUUCUGUUUGCCGCCACAACCCGUCUUUGGCACCAUAAAGUGUUGCCAUCCAUGUGGCUACCAGAUACGCCAUGAGUUACAAAGUUACACUCCUUCCAUUAGAUGUAAGAUCAAGAUUUUCUGUAAUAGGACUUCCAGGUAAUGUUCUUUCUCGAGUUCUUCAUUAACUUAUGCUCUUGUUUACUAUUUCCAACAUGAAAACGAUUUAGCCUACAGCAUUUCUUCUAUCGUUUGGAUCCCUUAAGUUGCUUUUUUAUACCCAGUUGCAUACUUCAACAUUGUAAACUCAAGGAUGGAGGUAUUGCUAAAGUAUUACGUAAACUUAGUCAACAUUUUAGCCAUUCAGUCCAAGUUGCCAGACACCACCCGCGACACUAAUAGCCUCCUCUCGCCUCUACACUGGAACACCUUGCUCGGCCUCAAGACCUCUGGACACGCCCCUCGAGUAUCAGCAGCUCGGGUGGUGACUGGUACUUUGGGCUUUAGAGUGAAAUAUAUAGAUAAAAAUGUACAAGUAGAAGUACACUCCGACUGUCUCACGGCCGCCAUGGUUCCAAGGCUCCUGGUGGUUGGGGGAGACAAAAGAAGAGUCAGUAAUGGGUUGAGUGACAUAGAUAUCAGACGACAAGAGUCAUAACGUCCACCCAGGCAGCCUCAGGGAUUAAUGGCGGCUCACUGGAGGAGGUCGGAGGUAUUAGCUCAAAUACUUAGUACUUGUAAGUUUCACUCGUUUUUUAAAACUACGAUUUGAAUCAUCUUCAUCGAAACGCAUUUGUACCUUGGCCAAAUUGUAGUGAUUUUUCAAGAUAAACAUUUAUAUUUACUACCCUUGUCGCCGCGGGCAGCCCCAAUGUUAGUGUUCUUUGUUUACCAGGACCCACAGAGGACUUGGCUGUGUAGGACAGUCGUCACUGGCUGCCCCACGCCGCGCCCUUGAGGGAGACCUUGUGUACGAGUUGGCCUUCACCUUCUUGGUUGCUCGCCAUUGUCAAGGAAGGUUCUCACUAGUGGCUGUCUGGGACUUUCAGGGAAUCAUUUACAGUCCUGCACCAUGAGCUGUCAGGAUGAGGUAAUAAUGUGACCAGGAAAGGAAUAUUGAAAUAAUCUUUACUGUACAAUGAUAUACUUGUCAAAGAAAAUUGCUGCGGACAAUCACUAAAGUUUGAAAGGAUUCGUCAAUCACUUAUAACACCUGGACGGUCAUAUGUGUCCAGGUGGUUGACAUGAAAACAACGGGGAGGGGCGUUAGUAGUGAUGCUGUCACGUAGCAGCGAACGAUUUGCCGCGUCUUAAUAAUCCGGCUGUUAGUCACGCACCCUCGGCGUCACAGUACCCUCGGCGUCACGGUACCCUCAGGAAAUAGUCAGUCCCUCCUGAACAACGUCUAGUUAACUGCUGCUCCACCAUAGUAAACGUCAGUCACCCGCGGCCAGAUUUACUCCCCGACACCUGCCAGCAGCUCGGUGGCUGUCAGUACCUCUCUCAUCCUCUACUUAUAAUCAAACAGUCUCGGGACCUCGUUGUUGUGAAGAGCCUCAGCUGAUCCGGCCGCUGGUGUGUGUUGUAAGUCUCACAUAAGAAGAAACGUCCCGUGAGGAAGAGUUGUUUGUCCUCACGACUUCCACAAGACUUUAUGAAUUAAUUGUCAGGAUUACAAUAUUUCCUGUAAAAAAUAAUGAACUAUAAAAUAUAUUUUGGACUGACGACGUUGAACAUUUAUCUCAACUUUCAUUGUUAGUACAGUACAAUACAGUACAGUACAGUGCAGUACAGUACAGUACAGUACAGUACAGUACAUAAAUAUAUACCUGCAGUACUUUCUGGUUGUGUAAAAUGUCAUCACAUGUAAGACUGACGACCAUCGUACAUUAGUUGUGUCCGGGGCUCCACCUGUUGCUGUCCCGCGCCAUCACUGGGGUCACGUCCUUGUUACACCAGGCACUAGAGGUGCGUAAUCUUGCCAAGUGUGACCCGAGUAGAGAGACACUGUAAAUCAAUUUGUACUGGACUUUCUGGAGGGAGUCACUGAGAGCUAGCAUAUUCGAAUCCAAGCGUAGUUAAAAAUCUGGAGAGUCGGCUUGAGCGUUCACCUUCAGCCCAAGGGGUCGCCGAUGACUUUACACUCUGGUUCGACAGCUGUGUUUACCCUGCCAUCACCUGUCUUCUGUGGCCCAGACCUUGUUGAUCUGGUAAAGUUGUCUGUCAGUGUCUAGAGAUUGAUUGGCUCUCCAGACUAACAACAUUGGUUCAUCAACAAGGUUCUCAUCAUGUUGAAACUCAGAUUAAUCCCCUGUUUAGAGAAUCGGGUGGAACCGUCGGCUGGAAAAAAGGAUGAAAGACCUGCCUUCUGUAUACCGCUAACUCCAUGUUCUGUAUUUUGUCUUGAGAUAUUGGGCGAGUCUCAGAAGUUGGUGCCAGUCAUUAUUUAUUUAUUACACUGUGACUUACUCUAAGUUAUCUCAAACGAAACGUAAUCUAACCGAAUUCAAGUUAACUAAAUCAGCAGUGUUGAAAAAAAUCAGGGUUCGGAUCUAGGUUCAGUUCCGGAUUUGGUUCCGACUUUUUGGAUCGUGGAACUUUUUUGCCUUAGUUUGCUCUGUACUGUACACUCACCAACAAAAACCCUGUCGCCUCAUCUGCCUGUCCAUGAACCCAGAGAUUCAGAGACCUCGCAGUUCUCUGAAUCUCGUUUCAUGAAGAGGCAGGUAAGGCGAGAGAAUUUUUGUUAUCGAGUGUACCUGUCUCUCUUGACGUGACUGAAAAUGAUCUUACCACACAAGAAACUCAUUUUUUUUUUAAAGUGCAUCUCAAAGUAGCGUUUAGAUUGUGUCUCGAACAGCUGAACACUCCACCACUGAUCUCACCAAUGUUAAACAAAAUUCUUACAUCUUAGAUAUUCAUUUCUGGAGGUAUUUGGUGUUUCUGCUUACACGAGGAAGAACUACUGAAUUAUUUUACCUUUAUGAAUCUUGUUCUCGUUGUGUCUGGUGUAACAUGGACGGAGCUGCUACAUCACCCUUCUAUACCCACGACCUAGCCUUCAUAGGUGUCAGGGAUAACGUCACCAUUACCUUCCAAUACUUGUCUCUUGCUCCUCACAACUGGGAUAACUUUUUAACUGGUUUUCCUUCAAUCCUCGAGUCUGUUCACUAUUUUAUUCCUACCAAGUCAUCUGCUGUAUUAUUUAGGGAUUGUCCUGACUUUUGUCGUUAUCAUCGUCUAUCGUUGGUGGACACGUCAUUAUCGCUGUUGGGUGUGGUGGUGGUGGUGGUGGGAUAACUGACGUAAAAGUAUAUCUCGUGUUGGGGGAGUCAGACCUGUUCCUUGGGGCUGGUCCUGUGAGGUUACUUCUAUAUAUAUAUAAAGGUUUUUCUAUCGUUUUAAAUACUCCCGUGGUGAAUUUUCUUAAGUGGCCCUUGUAAGUUAUUAUAUAGAAUCUUGGAGUUAAAUUUUAGAUUCCACUCCCUGUCAGAUGUCUUUGCUACGCCCGUAAGAUGUGUGUGAGUUUGAUGCGCUUUUUGUUUUCUGUUGUCUCGGUUAUUGAUGCUUCUUUUGCUACGUGCGUUUUAUUUUGUUUUAUUUUGUUUUUUAAUGGAGAAGCCGAGCUGUUUGGACUUUACAAAAUAUCUAAGAGUAUUUUUUGGGGGUUAAUUCUGGUUUGUUUAUGGAGUGUGAGAGGCUGCCAGAAGAAGAGUGAUCGAAGAACUAGUUUACGGGACGUCUUUUCUUCAGCCAUUUGGUUCAGUUCCUAAUGAUAUGUUUCUGAGGUUGCAAGGUGAGCAUGCAUUAUGUUAACUGUUAUAACUUAGUAAUGCUUGGCUUCACUUAUAGGAGCAUUUAUGUUGCAACUUCUAUUUAUUUUUGGCUUCAUCAACUGCUUUCUUUGCUACGUCUGCAAAGGUAGUUUGUUAUUUGCUCUUGGCUUCUUCUUUCUUUCUUUCUUGUUAUUGCCUUUAUUAUUUAUGAUUUCUCUUUAUUUCUUCUAUCUAUGGGUGUGGCAUGGCUACUGUCCUGUGUGUGUGUGUGUCAUGUAGCGCCUCAAGUUGCGUACAGUUAAAUCUUGCAACUAAGGCCACAAACAGAGCCUUCAGGGUAGUGCAGUACCUCGUCAGGGUAGUGCAGUACCUCGUCAGGGUUCCUUCAGCCAGGUGAGUACACUGACUCUCUUUAAUAUCAACUCAGGUGUAAACUAUCUUGCUGAAAACCAAUAUUCAUGUUAUAACGCAUCUCUGUUAUGACCGUCUCCUACAGCCUUCGUUUCUUGGCCUGGGUAAAGACUUGUUUAUCGUCGUCUCUUACGGAAUAUUUCACCCAGUGGCUCUUGUCUCAGUCUUCCUGCGGGAUCUUUAAUUUCGUGUUAGGUUCGUCUUGUUAUGUUACCACACCUCCAUCUCUACUAAUAUGACAAUGAGGAUCACGGCCUUAUAAUAUAUAUACUGCUUUUCAUUCCUUCAUUAAAAUCUUGUCAACAACAUAGUUCUCUCACUUGUUGUGUGUCCGGCCUCGAGUACCUCCAGGUGACCGAGGUACUCUGUUUUAUGGCACAGUUGAUGCAUUGAUGGAGUUUGGUGGUGAUGGUUGUGUGAGGUGGAGGUGGUGGUGGUGGUGGUGGUGGUGAUGGUUGCAUGUGGUGGUGGUGGUGGUGUUGGUGGUAGUUGUGUGAUUUGGUUGUGUUGGUGGUAGUUGUGUUAGGUGGUGAGGCCCAGGUGAUGUUGUUAUGAAUAUCUGAACACUUUCCUGGGCCUCUCCUGACAACUCUGUACAGUACUGGGGACACACUGAGAGGCAUAAGUGCUAGGGACACACUGAGAGGCAUAAGUGCUAGGGACACACUGAGAGGCAUAAGUACUAGGGACACACUGAGAGGCAUAAGUACUAGGGAGUCAGUGAGAGGCAUAAGUACUAGGGAGUCAGUGAGAGGCAUAAGUACUAGGGACACACUGAGAGGCAUAAGUGCUAGAGACACGCUGAGAGGCAUAAGUACUAGGGAGUCACAGAGCCAUAACACCAGGUGGCCGUUCUCGAUGAUAUGGUCUACUCUACCCUGACAGCUACAGCUCCUCCUUGAUGAUCGUGUAUGGGACAAAUUCUCCAUCGUUGGCCCCAGGUCGUUCAGUCUUCGUUACCGCUUAAGUGUACCGACGUAGGAGAACUGCUGGACAGGGAACAUAUAAGACAUAAGGAGAGCGAUAGAGGCCUCAUGUGUCGUCAUCUUCUGGUCUCGUCAAGGGUGGCAGGAGGCAGGAUCUUUGCUUUCUCUUUCGAGGUUUUGUUGAAGGUUACUGAAGAUUUGCCACGAUGUUGAUGGCUCAUUUAGCAGUCCUUAGACAUUCUAGUUUCUUGUUGACUUCAGAAACACGUAUCUCAAAUUUAUUCAUCCAUGUACGUAUUUAGUUGGAUAUCCCGGGCCAGGCGAGGUGUAUCAUAAAACCCCAUUGGAGAAAACGUGGAGACAAUCACUGCCACGAACUGCAGCCCCGGCGCGUCUUCUGUAGUGAGUCCUCGGGAGAAUGAGAGGUCAGAAAAUAAAAAACCCGCCAGUCUCAGAAUCCCUAUUGGCGCUCCACGGUAUUAAAGUAUCAAUGUACCUCCUGAAGUAACUUAAUGGGCUCUCACCUGGACACGUCAACCAGGGUGUGACCUCUAGAACCAAGUGACCAUGAUGUAACGGAGGAUAAAAGAAUGACACAGUAAAGUAACAACCAGCGUAAUGUUGCAUUAAGGUCGUUCUGUAUACUAGAACAUUACGUGGAGAUAACCUUUAAAUGAACGUCUCCUGUCACAUUACUGAACGUCUCCAGUGUUUAUUGAUCGUUUCCAAUCACUCUACCGAACGUCCCCAGCCUCUAUCGAACGUCCCCAGUCUCUUUUGAACGUCUCCAGUCUCUUUUGAACGUCUCCAAUCACAUUAUUGAACGUCUCCAGUCACAUUAUUGAACGUCUCCAGUCUCUUUUGAACGUCUCCAAUCACAUUAUUGAACGUCUCCAGUCACAUUAUCGAACGUCUCCAGUCUCUUUUGAACGUCUCCAAUCACAUUAUUGAACGUCUCCAGUCUUUACCGAACGUCUCCAGUCACUCCAUAUCAAGUGUCGUUAUCAUCAUAUCCCACAGAAACUUAAAAAUACCUUCAGUCAACACAGGGCAUUAAUCACCUCCUCCCACCAGCCAGUUCCUUAGAGAGGGUCAUCGUGCCAGUGACCGACUACAACCACCAGACGCCACAGUCCACUAAUGAAGUCUUCCCUUGACUUACUUUCAGCUUUUCUUUUUUUUUAACAUUCAUUUCUUAAGCCAUUUUAACUUAAAUUUCAUGUACGAUGCAAAUACUAUAACGUCUCAUAGCUCCCACACCCUUAUGUCUUCCUAUGCCUACUACAUUAUCUGUCUAAUCCAUAUUUAUAUUUAAUAAAACUAUAAAAUAAUAUAAAUUACAACUCACUGUUUUUUUUUAAUACCGAGGACACGUUAACACCUUCCCCCCAGGACCCUUUAAUUACUUACCUUAAUCAGAAAAAAAGAAAGAAAAAAAAAAAAACAUCGAUAAAUUCUACGUUUCCACACCUUGCACGUUUAAGUUCACCUGUAAUUAGUAAUGGGUUUAAACAAAGAUGGUGGGUGUGUGACUAUGAAGGUUCUCAAGAUUAUCUAAAGGAAUGGUCCAGGUGUGUACUAAUGUUUACUUUACUAAUUAAUGGGUUAAACAUCUCACAGUUACCAAUCUAAUGAGGUAAAAUCACCUCUAACAAUCAUUCUAACAACAUCUACUCACCCUAACAAUCAUUCUAACAACAUCUACUCACUCUAACAAUCAUUCUAACAACAUCUACUCACCCUAACAACCAUUCUAACAACAUCUAAUCACCCUAACAACUAUUCUAACAAAAAACUCACCCUAAAAAUUAUGUCAACUCAACCAGACACAGAGAGAGAGAGAGAGAGAGAAUAUUAAACAGGUAAUUACACAAAAAAAUCGAUUCCUUUAUGUUCAUUAGCUGACACAGGUAAGAACUCUUAAUUAAUUGUCUCCUUUACGUCACUACCACGUGCUCAGGUGAUGACAACUAUUACCAUGAUAAGUAACAUGAAUGGUUUAAUUACGUCAGAGAAAAUACAGAAAAUUUCCGAUGACUUUCAGAUUUGUACCCCAGUUUAUUUCACCUGAUGACUCAACACCCUAACGCUAACCUAACCUAACCCUCUCCCAGGUAGCAUGAGAAUGUUUAAUUACUAUACAACAUCAGGUAAAAUAAGCUAGUGGUACCUAUAGUGUUCAUGUGUUCAAAUUAACCACGAACAACACAGCUCUCAUGGUACAAAGUUGUUCAUGAAAUAUAACACAGAAAGUUCAUUAUUAAAAGACACGAGAGGAAAAAAUAUAUAACCACAGAUGACCCUGAACUUUAAUUCUGUCAAUAUCCUGUCUGUCCACAUCCGGCCUGUCUACAUCCGGUCUGCCUGUAGUAUAAUAUUCACAAACAGACGGAUAUCCAACUAUAUAAUAAUUCUUUCUCACUUUGAAUUAAUGUCGAACAAUAAAUUCUAAUAAUUUUCUUACUUAAUUUGCUUAUUUUAUUUAUUUUGUCUUCUUUACUAUUUCUUCCUUUAUUAUGUCUUCCUUCUUUACAUAUUUAUUCCUAUUCUACAUAUAACCAUCUAUCGUAAGGAGUAAUGUUUUUUUUCAUAUAUGGUAACACUGAAAUAACUCACUCCAUGUGUAAUUGAAAGCUAUAAAAAAAAAGUCUCACCUGCAACUCAUUAAAGUCUACCUACC